AUGCAUUUAAAACUGUUGAAGAGCGUGAUCGAACCUCAAUCUGAGAAUGUAACUCUGAGAGCCAAAGCUGCUAAAAUGGAGCUUGACCAAGUUCAGCAUCACCUGGUCUUGCAACCUUUGAAUGAUGAGCUUAGAAGCCAAGAAAAUAUUCUUUUAGAAAAGUAUGUAGUCGAUGUUGGAAAUGAGGAAGCUUUUUGGAGGCAGAAGUCAAGAAUUCAAUAG